AUGGCGGAGCCCUACGUGAGACCGGGGAACCAGGAGCGCGGCUGGAACGACCCCCCCCAGUUCUCGUACGGGCUGCAGGCGCAGGCCGGGGGCUCCCGCCGGACGCCGCUCACCCGCCGGGCCCCCCCCCCGCCCGAGGGCGCAUCCCCAGGUGCCCCCCCGGCCCCGGGCAGUGCCCCCGCAGACCCCUCCGCGCCGCCCCCCCGGGCGCUGGGGCCGCCCCCACUGGGGCCCGUGGGCGCUGCCCCGCGGGCCGAGGCGCGGCCGUGCCCGGAGGAGCGGGAGUGCAGCGUGUCCGCCGACACCGUGCUCGCCCCGCUGCGGGCGGCCCUGGACUCCUGCCGGCCCUCGGUGCAGAAACAAGUGUGCAAUGACAUCGGGCGGCGGCUGACAGUGCUGGAGGACGCGUGGGCUCAGGGGAAGCUGUCGGCACCGGUGAGGAAGAGGAUGAGCCUCCUGGUGCAAGAGCUCCAGCAGCAGCACUGGGACGCGGCUGACGAGAUCCACCGCUCGCUCAUGGUGGACCACGUGAACGAGGUGAGCCAGUGGAUGGUGGGCGUCAAGCGCCUCAUCGCCGAGACACGGAACCUGCCCGACGCAACGGACGGCAGCGCUGAGACCGAGCCCGAGCCUAAGACCGAGCCCGAGCCGGGCCAGGAGGAGCCCUGA